UGACAAGAAACAGUGACAAAUUCACAUUUUAUUAACCCCAAAUCUACAGAAGAAUUAAACAUUUCUUUAUGAUCUACCAUUUAUAUAAACCUCACAACAUUUUUGAAAAGCCAAAGCAUUGUUUAUCCUUAUCUUGAUGGUCCAUCUGCUGUAACCCACCCAUUCCAGCAUGAUGCAUGAAGUAUUUGCAGAUGACACUGCAGACUGUCUGCACAGCAAAUGCUCUGACCCCCCCCCCUCAAUACCCAACAGUUGUUGAUUGAGUGGAAGCAUGUCCAAGCCUGCAAUAAAAGGAAGUCAAGUCACAUUUCUGAUGCUUUACAUCAUAAAAACAUCAUACAGUCACCAAUUAUAGUGCAAGUAAUAAAUAUUACAUGUUGUCAAAUACCAUUAUCGAAAUCAUCAAGCAAAUGAACAUCAAAUAUGUUGGUCAGUGUUCCACAGAUGCCAAAGUAGAAAGAUGCUGCAUAUUUUGUAUCAGUUUUAGAUACAAAGAUACUUCUUAUAGUUAGGCAGCAGAAACAGAGGAAAUAACUGUAACAAAAGAGUAUUCAUCGAAAUGAAGGUGAGAACGGCCCUCAAGCACUAAAGACAGAGCAACAGUGCACCUCCUAUUAAACUCUUGGGCUUAUUUCGCCUGUGGCAUUUUCUUCUUUUUUAUAUAUAUAUAUUGUUGGAUGUAAUUUAAACAGCACUCAAAUAUUUGAAAAUUAUGAAGUCACAAUGCAUCUUUUUGGGACCAAUAUGGUCCCAAAAAGACCUUCUUUUUUUUUGGUGUCCAGUGACCAGUGUGUAGACCUCUACCUAUCAAUGCUCUGUAAUUUGCUUGAAUAAAAGAUUUACUUUUGGGGGAAAAUAUGGCACCAUAACUGGCUCCAGGCCAGGGGAUCUUGUUCUUCCAAAUUCAGCCCUAAUUACACCUGCUUUAUACUUGCAGAGUCACCCAGCAGUCAAUGGGCCAGAGAGAGGUUGCCGGUUUAUUCACAGGGUCACAUAGAUGUACAUGUGUAGUGAGACUUAAUGGCAAAUUUAGAGAAGCCAAUUAACCAAUUAUAUAGGUUUUUUUACACUGUGGGAGGAAGCCAGACUACAGAGAAUGUCUAAACUCCAUGAAAAAACGGCCCCCAGAGGGUUAGUGAACCUGUAUUUCAACCACAUUUCAUUAUACGUGAGUUGAGCUCUUUAUAUGGUGUUUAGUCUUCCCAGAAACACGAGCCACGAUUGGGCAGAAUCUGUUUGUGUUUGAUGUUUCUGCUCUCUAAACAUCCGUCCAAGUCACAGCGCCUUUCAUCCUGUCACAGAGAUCAAACUUCUCACAGCUUUUAUCUGAUUUUUCAAAUGACUGUAAAUGUCUAGACGACAGGGUACUUUAAAGUUAUCUGAUAAAACUGUUAAUGCAAUAAACAAGUGCAUUGUAACUGCAAAACAAAUGUGAAUUGCAGCUGGAGUUUUUAAAGUGUUUGACCCAGUUCAAGUGUUGUACAGUGUUACUGCUGCUUUGGCAGCAACUAGCAUUAAUUAUGUCAGCCAAACGGCCUCCUUACUGUCAAACUACAAACUGACUGCAGCUGCCUCAGAGCUAAUCUUGUGCAUCAUGAGGUGUAGAAAUGAAAACAAGCGUCGAUCCAGUCUUGUGGUUUUUUACUUUGAAUCACAACCACAUCACUUCUGGGUAAAAGAGAAGAGAGGAAAUCUAAGAUGUGCUGCUGGCUGAUGCAGCGUUGCACACACCUGUCUGUGCAGCUGUGUGUACGACCACAGCUGGAUGACAGUCAGUCAGUUGGACUGGAUUUGGUGGAUUCUUUUGAAGGAGAACCAUUUCUUUGUUGUCACAAACGAGGCUUCAAUGAAACCAGAACAGUUUUCCGUGGCUCAUUGUGUGCGCCUCUCUCCUGUCUCUGCAGUUCUUCCUGAGACUUCCUCGUUCCUGUUCCACCUGCUGCUUCUGACUGAGCUGUUAGUCCGAUCUUCAUCUCUUCCCCUCCGCAGCUCCUCCCACUGUGGAUUUUUUGGAUCGAUGAUCCAUCAGGUGGAAAGUUUGAUGAACUUAUCGAGAAAAAUCCAUCAGCUGAGAACAGAAGACCUUGAACACUUUGAAGAUGCCAAAUUCAGUCUGGAUAGCCUUCCUGACUUGUAUCACACUGCUGGCCAUCUUAAGUCAUUGAAGGUUAAUGAAUCCUUCACUCAGAUGUAUGGAUACACUCAGUCCUUCAAACUGCAUAUCGACUGGUUGAAGGUUGCUAAAGAAAAUGUCAGUUUGCCUUUCCAGACAGAAGAGGGCGCCAGCUCUCAUCUUCUGCAGUUGUCCAAUCUCAUUGAAAAAUGUUUUCAUCCGCAAAACAAUGAGGCUGUUCCGUCAACGGCACCCAACCUUCCUGUUGUCUCCAACGCCUUUGAUGCCCUUGUGUACUCUGUAGAAAUUUCUGACAGGUUAAAAGUUUUCUGUGUGUGGUCAAAAAGAGUCUUACGGUACUUCCAGAAGCAUUCUUAAAAAAGGUCUUGCAGCCUUUUCGGAGGCAGUCCUGCUAUUCUAGACAGUGUAAGCCUUAAAGGGCAUUAAAACAUCUUCCACAAAAAAACCACUGCUAACUCCAGAAUGUUUUUAAGCAAUAUUAUGUCAUGUUAGUGGACUACCUCAAGAUGGCAGCAUUAGGUAAUCUGCUGUGGUGGUGCUGACCCAAACAUCUCAGCUACAACCCACUGGAUUACUAUGAAAGCUUAAAUAAGGAUAAAAAUACUUUUUAUUAACUUUAUUAUCCACUUUUUUCUAAGCCCAGCUGUAGUUUAGAAAUGUGAUUUUCCAAAAGAUUCCCCAUAUUGACAAGACUGUUAAAAACUCAUCAAAACAAGUUCUCAAGAAAACUUAAUGUUUUAUGCAUUUUUUCUUCAAAAAUGUCAGUUUGCUAGGUUUUAUCAACAGAAGUGAAAUGGUGAGAAUAAGGAACCAGUCUGGCAGCUUCAUUCACUCUAGACAUGAUUUUGGUUUGCAUUUAAUUAAAGUAUUUAAAUGAUAUUUUCUAAAUAAUUUAAGAAUAAUUUUACCAUGCUUAAUGAAAAGCUACUCUCACUGCAUUAUGACUAUUUUAGUUCAUACAUAAUUGGCAUAUUAGGCAUCAAUCAUCACAGAGGACUGAAAAAAGGUUUUUUUUUUUUUUUUUUUUGCAUUUUUGCCUUUUAUCCAUAUGUGAAAAUUAUUUUUAGAUAAAAAGUUUUAGAAAUAGAUAAACUGA